GGUUUCUUUUACACACCGCUCCGCUCAUGAGCUGAACCGCAGACCGACGAGCGGCCGUUCACAGACAACAUUUGAAAAAUUAAACCGCAGCAGAAACACCGCCAACCCUAGCCGUCAGUCACAAUGUCCGGAAUCAUGCGUGUGCCAUCGAUUUUGGCCAAAAAUGCAGUCGCCUCCAUGCAACGCGCUGCUGGCAUCGGAGCGCAGCGCAGCUACCACAUCACACAUGGCCGUCAGCAGGCUACGGCCGCCAAUCCCGACAAGAUUUCGAAACAGUACCCCGUGGUGGACCAUGCGUAUGAUGCCAUUGUUGUAGGUGCUGGUGGAGCUGGACUGAGGGCUGCCUUCGGCCUGGUGGCCGAGGGAUUCCGAACGGCGGUGAUCACCAAGCUGUUUCCCACCAGAUCGCACACUAUCGCCGCCCAGGGCGGCAUCAAUGCUGCGCUGGGAAACAUGGAGGAGGAUGACUGGAAGUGGCAUAUGUACGACACGGUUAAGGGAUCUGACUGGUUGGGCGAUCAGGACGCUAUACACUACAUGACACGGGAGGCGCCCAAGGCUGUCAUCGAACUGGAGAACUACGGCAUGCCCUUCUCCCGCACCCAGGACGGCAAGAUAUACCAGCGUGCGUUCGGCGGCCAGAGCUUGAAGUUCGGCAAGGGCGGCCAGGCCCAUCGAUGCUGUGCGGUGGCCGAUCGUACCGGUCACUCCCUGCUGCACACCCUCUACGGUCAGUCCCUCAGCUACGACUGCAACUACUUUGUGGAGUACUUCGCCCUGGAUCUGAUCUUCGAGGAGGGCGAGUGCCGCGGUGUGCUGGCUCUUAAUCUGGAGGAUGGUUCGCUCCACCGAUUCCGUGCCAAGAACACUGUCGUUGCCACUGGUGGUUACGGACGUGCCUUCUUCUCGUGCACCUCGGCGCAUACCUGUACUGGCGACGGUACCGCCAUGGUGGCCCGCCAGGGAUUGCCCUCCCAGGAUCUGGAGUUCGUUCAGUUCCAUCCCACUGGAAUCUACGGUGCCGGAUGUCUCAUCACUGAGGGCUGCCGUGGAGAGGGUGGCUACCUCAUCAACGGUAAUGGCGAGCGCUUCAUGGAGCGCUAUGCCCCGGUGGCUAAGGAUCUUGCCUCCCGUGACGUCGUCUCCCGUUCCAUGACCAUUGAGAUCAUGGAGGGACGUGGCGUUGGACCCGAGAAGGAUCACGUGUUCUUGCAGUUGCACCAUCUGCCUCCCAAGCAGCUGGCCGAGCGUCUGCCUGGAAUCUCCGAGACUGCGAUGAUCUUUGCCGGCGUGGACGUGACCCGCGAGCCUAUUCCUGUCCUGCCAACCGUGCACUACAACAUGGGUGGUAUUCCGACCAACUAUCGCGGCCAGGUCAUCACCAUCGACAAGGACGGCAAGGAUGUGAUCGUGCCGGGACUGUAUGCUGCUGGUGAGUCCGCUUCCAGCUCGGUGCAUGGUGCCAAUCGUUUGGGAGCCAACUCUCUGCUGGAUCUGGUGGUGUUCGGACGUGCUUGCGCCAAGACCAUUGCCGAGGAGAACAAACCGGGCGUUCCGGCGCCCACGCUCAAGGACAACGCCGGCGAGGCCUCUGUGGCCAACUUGGACAAGCUGCGCAACGCCAAUGGCUCCAUCACCACCGCCGAUCUGCGCCUGAAGAUGCAGAAGACCAUGCAGCAUCAUGCUGCUGUGUUCCGCGACGGUCCCAUCCUGAAGGACGGUGUCAACAAGAUGCAGGAAAUCUACAAGCAAUUCAAGGACAUCAAGGUCGUGGACAAGUCGCCUAUCUGGAACUCGGAUCUGGUGGAAACUCUGGAGCUGCAGAACUUGCUGGCCAAUGCCCAAAUGACUAUUGUGGCUGCUGAGGCGCGUAAGGAGUCGCGUGGUGCUCACGCCCGUGAGGACUUCAAGACACGCGAGGACGAAUAUGAUUACAGCAAACCAAUUGAGGGCCAGACACAGAAACCCAUGGACCAGCAUUGGCGCAAGCACACACUAUCCUGGGUCUGCAACGACAACGGCGACAUCUCGUUGGACUAUAGACCUGUCAUCGACUCCACGUUGGACAAGGAGGUUACAACGGUGCCGCCGGCAAUCCGCUCCUAUUAAGACUAGACCUGGAUAUGCAGAACAUCCGCAUUCAUUCAAAUACAGAGUCCACCACUACAAAUCACACUCACGGAUGUCUACUUAAUUGAUUUUUAGGGACACCUAACACCCCAAACCCACAACCAGUCAAAUUUUUCAUCUCGCCACUGGUGCAGCAAGAUCAGUUCCUGGCGCAAAUAUUUAAACCAGCUAUUAACAUCCUAUAUACAUAUAUACUUUAUAUAUCCUAUUCAGCUGUUUCUAUUUAUUUUACUUUUUGUAUGCUGCCCUCCACUUGGCUACUACUUAUCGGUUGUCCAUUAAUUACACUUAAAUAAGCGAAAAAUGUGUGUGAGCGUUGAGGCGAUUUGUCUGUUUGACGAUGGAGUCUGUUAACAAGUAAACGAAAACAAAUCCAACAAUUUUCUAGUAUUUGUUAAACUUAUUAAAUUAUUAAAAACGAAAAAACAUGUAAAAAAAAAACAAUAAAAAAUAACAAAAGUCGAAAACAUUUGCUUGUAGAGUAAAUAAAACUGAAGAAGAUUGCAUAAAAAA